AUGGAGGCCGCUAUUCGCAAGUACAAGACAUUAAACUUCCCAAUAUACCUCUUCUCACUUAAACACCUACACUAUCCCUCAAAUAACACUUUCACCCUAAAAUCAAAACAAAGCCUCUCUCUCUUCUUCUAUGCGUUCGUGUCUCUCUUCCUCCAUAGCCACCGCCCCAAAGCAGGAGCUGGCACUGUCGCACCACCGUCGCCGGUCCACCGCCCCAAACACGAUUCUCCCACAUCAAGGUUAUCAUGCGUCCAUUGCGUCGAGGCCAAGGCCAGGGUCAGGGUCGGGGCUGGGUCAAGGGCCAGGCCGAAGUGUAUCCACAGCCACAGGAAGAGGAAGAUGUUGUCUUUGAGAACAUACCUGAGGGUAGAGCUUGAGUUUAUGAUGUUAGAUAAUCAUUGGUUGUAUAUUUUGGUUGGCGAACAACAUACAUUUUAUUUGUGGAUGUUUAUGAAUGUUGGAUAUUUGAUAUCUAGAAAUGUUGGCUAUGAUGUUCGACAUAUUUUGUUUGGUUUAUGAUGUAAAUUGCGGUUGCACGUGUUU